AUGCCAUAUUGCAUUACCUGCGGUGCCUACUUCCAGGGUCGAGGAAGUCGAUGUGUACUUCACAAUGGCCAUCGGCUCCAGGCCAGAUGGCAAGAUAGUUACAAUUAUUCAAGUGAUUCGACGGACCCAAGCAGUAUCCGAUACCGUACAGACCAGCGCCGUCGCCCGCGCAACCUUCGCUUUACCAACGCCCACGAGACGGUCGACCAACUCAACAACCCCAACACUCUCGUCCACUAUAACCACGGUACUCUCACCGUCCCGGACACCGCCCUUGCCCAGCCUCUAGUGCAUACUUUCGCAACCCUCUCCCAUGCCCACGCCAUUUCGUCCUUGACCUACUCCAUCUUACCGUCCGGCGGCCAAUCCCUUACCGCAGAGGCCAAUUUCGAGCGUGAACAAUGUCGCGUUUGCAGGACUUGGUUUCCAGAUCACCAGAAGCUGGAGUAUCAUCAGCGGGAGCUUCCAGUGGGGUGCGAUGUACACGGGAUCUGUAUGAGGAUGGAAGAUGUGCACUGGCAUGGGACAAGUGAGAGGCAUGAACGGUGCUUUGUUAGGGGAUGCGGAAGUGUGUAUCGGAUGGAGGGGGGAUGGAAGGGGGGUGUUAUCGAGGGACAUGUCAAGGGAUGGCAUUGCUGA